AUGGAGCAGAAUCCUCAGUAUAUGUCUAGUGAAUAUAUUUCUGGGAGCAACAAUAAGGCGCAAGCAAAGCAAUUCGAGACGUUUGAAAUCGACUUUGGCAUCCCUACACCCAUGAACGAGCUACAGGGGCGAUUUUUUACCGACCUCGUUUUUAUUUGGCGCUUCUAUGUCGAUGACCCUUCCACAUGGAGAUACGAUUCUCCCGUAUUCAGGGUACUAUCGAUUGCUUUCCUGCGUCUUGCGGCCUGGGAUUUUGAGGUAUCUUUCGAUUACAACGUUGAGCUUCCAAUCUCAUUCGCGUCAAUUCCCCGUUGGAGCUACCCCGACGCAGACGUCUAUUGGUUCCAUGGGUACCUUGUUGUUUUACAAGAUGACGUUGAAUCUAAUGCCAUGAUAAACGGAGCCGUCUCAAAAGCCGAGUCAUAUAUUGGCGACUCCCUGCUCAGGCAUGACAAUGUUCGCUUGAUUGUAAUUUCACCACGUCAUGUCGCUUUCGUGGAGCUUUCUCACGAGGUCGUUCUGGCCUCUAGGAACCUAAUAUCGCUUUCCAACCAUUCGGCGACCCGAUGUUCAUCUGGGUUCCGUGCUCUAGCCCGGGUUCUAACAUCAAACUGUUGGAAGAAGCCUUGCGCCUAUAGGGAGAAGUGGCCGGUCAACAUGCCGCCUGAGAUUGUUCGAAUGAUUCUUCAUGAACUGGAACCGCGAGAUGCCGUAGCAUUUUCGCAGGCAUCCUUCACAGCCGAGCAAUGCUACUACGCUUCAGAAUCUCAGUUCAAGAAUAUUGACGUUCGAAGUUUUAAGUCCUCUAUACAUUGCUGCGGCAAGCGCACUGGGCUGGAGACGCACGGUAUUUGUUGUUCUAAAUGCCAAGCUUGGCAACACUUGGAAUGUGUCGGUCUGAAAAAUUACUCUUCCGGCUAUCAGUACGUUUGUACGGGCUGCCAGGAACGAGCCUGUAUGGUACUUGAUCCUGGUGGGAUAAAUGGAUUCAGCCGUCGAAAAAUUAGAGAAGGAUGUGAGGUUAGUGUUGGAGGUUCUGUUAAAUCGCUUCAAUUGCGACUUUCUAAACCUUCCCAUUUACGACCGGAGCUACGGUUCCUUGGGAAUCUUGUCUCAGUUCCGCCUUCGCUCAUACAGUACACAAUCCUUUUUAACCACUCCUUCUCUGGACUAGCUUAUGGCUUGGAAGAUAGCUUCUAA